AUGUCGAUGUUCCGGCCGGCUUCAGAGGUAUCUUCGUCAGACUCUCAAUCCAGCUCCGAUGAGACUGAUCAGAACUUUUUGGAGACGUCUAACAGUAAAGCUCGAGAUGUCUCCUCCACUGAAAACAACACUCACAUGUGUUCUCUCGACUCGGGGCUUGAAACUGAAAGCUUGUCAGACUCUUCCAGAGAUGUGCGCAACGUUGAAAACGAAGGCCAUGCAAUGUGGAUGACUACCGCAUUGCUUGAAUUUUACUGCAUGAGCAAAGCUGCAGAUAUCCUGAAUGCCAAAGAAAGCUCUAUGCGAUACACUCGCGACUCCCCAGAAGUACAGUACCUUGGAAAAAAGCUGUAUUCAUAUGAGUCUCAGGUUCUGUCAUCACAUGGAAUGUUACCAGGAGGCAUCCAUAGAGAAGAGUGGGGUGACAAAAGACAGAAUUACCGAGAUACUCUUGAUGUUCUUGGUCUCCCUGCGCUUGAAGGACUGAAAUUGGAUGACAUUCCUGGGAAAGUGCCAUCAAUAGGCACUACUGGAGAUGUAGUCCUUGCUUCCAAGAGUUCAAAACAUGUACAGAUUCAUUCAGAGAACAGUUUCGCAGGGCCAUCCCAGUUGAAGCGGCAAAACUCCGGACUGUUAGGAUUCAAAGAGCCAAUUCAUAUUGAGAACAACUUUCCCUUCCUUGGAAAGGGUCGGCUAGAUGUGGGAGCUCUACCCAACCAGCCAUUCUCGCUUCUGGGGAGCUCACCCGUGAGCUUUCCAUUGUUUAGAGCCAAUCCUCCACCACCGACUCCCAAUAUGUCACGCUAUGCAAUGGAGUUCUCUGAGGUGAAAAUUCUGGGCCGAGGAUCAUUUGGUGAGGUGUAUCAUGUCAAGAAUCAUAUUGAUGGGCAAAGCUACGCAAUUAAAAAGAUUCCGCUCAGUCAGAGGCGGCUUCAACAGUUACAAUGCGGUACCCAGAAUCAGCUCGAGAGUAUCAUGAAAGAAAUACGAACACUUGCUCGACUGGAACACAUGAAUGUUGUCCGAUACUAUGGUGCAUGGGUGGAGCAGGCUGAUACAUCCGCCAUCUUCCAUUCGAGAAGUCAGGGUGCCAUGGAAAUACAUCAUGAAGAGACUCAAAGUGUCCAUUUCAGCCAUGAAGCGACUGAUGAUCAAAGCUUCGGGAUUGUCUUUGAACACUCGGAAAGUUCCGCAAUGCAAGCACACUCUGAAUCUGCCUCUGCGUCUCUUGAAUACGACGUCGAAACUGCAGGUCACUUCCACCGACGCUAUAGCCAUGCUACGACAGCCUCGCAUCGUUCAAAAAGUAGUCUGGCACGGAGCCUCGAAGACGAUGAUGAAGUCGAAUCCAUCCCUCGCGACUUCAAUCUUGCGUCUCAUGGCCAACUAUCAACAUUCGGUGGCACUGAUGACGAUAUCUUCACCGACGGACUCAGUUAUGACCCGUCGAAGCUGCAAGUUCAACGGAGACACCAAAAUGGAACCCAAAUUCCUGCUGUCAUUCUUCACAUUCAGAUGUCGUUACAUCCUAUUUCUCUAAGCUCAUACCUGAGUCCACAAGCCAUGGUUCAUACGGAGGACAACCAAUCCCUGCAUCGACGUCACUGCUUUCAUCUAAUUCCAUCGUUGCGAUUAAUGCUACAUAUCAUCUCUGGCGUCGAAUACCUCCACGCACAGGGCAUCAUCCAUCGCGAUCUAAAACCAGCGAAUAUCUUCCUCUCAUCCUCGCAGCAUUCCAACCUCGACGGAUGCCCGUCCUGUCAUGCAAGCCAUGGGACCGUCCCUCGUUAUUGCCACCCGCGCAUAGGAGACUUUGGUCUUGUUGCAGAUAUGUCGCACUUCGACGAACUCACCUCACCUACGGUUGAAAAUGGCCCGAAGGUCCACCGUGUAGUUGGUACAGAGUUCUAUCGCCCACCUCUGGGUACAAACGGGCCGGAACACUGUGGUGAUAUCAUGAGAAGUGAGAAUCAACAGGUCAGCUAUAUCAUCAACGAAACACUCGAUGUUUACGCCCUUGGUGUGAUACUUUUUGAACUACUUUAUCGUCUCAAUACUAAGAUGGAACGCCAAAUGGUCUUGACCGACUUGACAAAAGGGCGAAAUCGACAGUCUUCGAUCAAAAGAUUGCUGGGACACACUAUAUUCCCCACAGACUUUGCAGAGAAGGUUGAUAUGGGAUUGACGAUAUUAAAUGACGAUAUGCCUGUGGCGGAAUCGUUGAUGAGAUGUAUCGGCGGCAUGUUAGAACCUAACCCCCAGCGACGCUGGCGUUGUGCGGAUAUCAAAAAACAUCUCGAGUCUAUCUUGGGAGCUGCUGUCGUACAAGACUUCUCCUGCUCUUGA